UUUGAUGAAUUUUAUAACUCCCAAAGUGGCAACAGGGAAAAAACAUCCAGUCAGGUAAGAGGUUAUCUACAGGUAAAAUACCUGGGCGAAAGAACCAAUAGGAUCGAUGCCAGUUACCUGGGAGGAAGAGGCACACCCAAUGGUGGCAGUAUGAAGUUGCUUGUUUUUAUUCUGUCCGUCCUAAGUCUGUUCAUUACAGGAGGUAGUGAAAGUCUGUGGUGUUACAGUUGUGUAAGCACCCAACCCGGAUGUGGUGACUAUUUAGACUGGAGGAUUCAUCAUUCCAUCACCUGUCCCAAAGACAAUGACAAAUGUGUUAAAAUUAUUGAAAGAAGAGGAGCUGAAAAGUUAAUAACAAGAGAAUGUCUAUCGAACUUGGAAGGGCUGCGCAAGGAUAUACCUGCAGAUCGUUUUGAGGGUUGCCGUCCAGCAGCUGCACAGCCAAAACUGGCAGUCUAUGUGGAAAAUACCGUCAAGCAGCUUGAACUGAAAAGGGAUUACUGGACAAACAUCACUUACUGUUUUUGUGACUUUGAUCAGUGGUGCAACGAGGCCAGUCUCAGAAGUGGAUCUAUCUUGAGCAUUUUCUUCUCACUCUUUGUGUCUUAUUUAUCAGUCAAAUUAUUAUAAUUAUUAUUUAAAUAAAUGUAUUAGUAAGGUUUUGUAAUUUUGUCAUAUACAUGCCAAGUAUAUUCUUGCAUAUGAAUCUCUUAUAUUCCACUAUUUUUUAAAUCACUGUAGUGAUUUUUACAAUUUAUAAUAAAGAAAACUGUAAUAAAUUAUUUUUAAAAUAUAUUGGUUGUUGAAUCAUUUUAAGUGUUCAGCUGAACACCCAAUAUGUGAUUUGUGGAUAGUAUAUUUCCUAAAAUCAUUAUCUGAAACUUAUUUGUAGGCGGCUGUGGCGUUGGUACAGGUGUACAAAACUGCAAAAUGAUAAAUCAUCAUAUGAUACUAAAAAUGUAUUGACUCCAACUUUAGUCAAAAAAAUAGUACAGUAAUUCAUACUGGUGAUAAAUAGUAACUCUACAGCCCUGCUUAUCAGGAACAUGCCAACUACUAGGGUCUUAAUCAUUGGCUGAAGAUUAAAAGACAAUGUUUUGAUCCUGCACAAACAUGUAAUUGAAAAAAAUACAUCUUACCACUAAGCAGAAAAAUUGUAAAAAUUUAUAUCUUACCAAAAAAUACGUACUGUACAAUACAAAAUAAAUUUUUAUAAUAGAACUUAUGUAUCAGUCCAAGAAUGAAGCAUUUCUACCAUAGAUAGCAUAAUGCUAAAAAUUAAAAUGAUAUAACUAUUAUGCAUAAAAGUCUAAAUAAAUUAAUAAAAAUCAAAACUAACAUUACUGUAAUUUCUGGUCUGAAUAGAAAUAUGACUUAGCCUUGAGAUAACAAUAUCUCAAUAUUGAGCAAGAUAGUCUUUAAAAAAACUGUUUAAAGAUGUUUUGUUAAAUCUGUUAUCUGUCUACAUUCCAAAAUUUUUUUGUUCUAAUUCUAUUUACCAAAAAGUAAUGCCAUUCCAAGAUUUGUUUGAGCUCUCAGUCACAGGACUACAAUAAUAAUAAUAAAUGUUUAGUUCAUCCUUGUUCUGUAUAUCAAGCAAUAUAUAUAUAUUAUUAGCACAAGAAUCAAAUUAAUAUGACUGAUGAGUUGAAACUGCAUUAAUAAAUUAGUAACUGAAUAGAUACUGUAAGUUGAAAAUAUAAAAUAUUUACAAUGGCUGGUUUUAUAAUUAGAUUUAUAGUAAGUAGUUUGAAAACAUAUUAAAAGAAAUAAAUAAAGCAUUUAGUCUUGUCAACAAAAUGUGUAGUUUUUAUGUCUUGUUUAUAAAAUUGUACUGCCUGCUGGGUAACCAGCUUAGAGGUAUGAAGUAGUACAUGUUAGGAGUUGCAAUUUGACACAGAGUAUUAGGUGUCAAAAUCAUGCACACAUUAAAAAAAGACUAGACUUGUAGGUAUUUGGAACCGAGUCAAAAUAAAAUUCGAAACAGUGACACACUACUAACGGGCAGUAGUGCAGGA